GCCGCGGCGGGCGGGCGGGCAUGGCGCGGCGGCGGCGAGCGGCCGAGUGAGGAGGGAGCGGCGGCGCCUGGCCCGGCAGCAUGAUGCCCGGGGAACCGCGCUCACAGGCGGCGGGCACCGGGCCCGGCUCCGGGGACCCGGGCUCCGGCACCGCCACCGGCCCCUGUCAGAACUGUCACAGCCUGCAGCAGAAUUUAAAUGAAUAUGUAGCUGCAUUUAUUGCACUGAAACAAAAAAUCAUUGACACAGACCAUGUUCUCACAGAAUAUCAGAAAAAAUGCGAUGAGCUCCAGAAAACUGAAAGAGAUCGUAAAACACUCCGAGAUCAACUGGAUGAGUCAUUGCAAAAAUUUGUACCUCUGGAAAAAUGCAAGGAAGAAAUGGAUGCAAUGAGGAUAGAACUGGAAGAAAAGAGGAGUUCCAUCAAGAUGUACCAGCAGACGCAUUUAGAAUUCAGUAAAUUGGAGCAAGAGCGGAUAAAAAAUGAUGCUUUAAACAAGAAAUUGGAAAUGCGGAUAAAAAAGCUGGAAGAAACAACAACUAAACAAAGUGGAGAAAUAAAGCAAUUGAAAAAAGAGAAGACAACGUUGGAAAGAAAUUUAAAGAAAACUCAGGAAAAACUGCUGGUUCAACAGAAGAAUGGUGUAAAAGUUUUGAAAGAUACAGGGACACCAAAUUCCACACAAGAUGUAUCAAGAAUAGACAAAAAUAAAGUGAAACUGUUACUUGAAGAAAUAUGGAUGUGCAUUGAAAAAUCCAAUGUACAGGAAAAGCAAAGCAAGGGAAGCACAUACAGCCCAGGCAAGAAAGCAAACUCACAGAAGAAAUGCAAGAUCCCAAGAAGUUUAAUUAACCCAAGUCACAGCAGUCCAGUGAAGAAAGAGCUGCCACCAUCCUCAUCAUUGCAUCAUCUGGAGUGUGACCAAGAAAAAAAUGAUCAGAGUGAGCUGGAUGAGUGUAUGAUUGAUGAAGGACUGAAAAGCAAUGGUGACAGUGCCUUUUAUGAUGAGAAGACUGUAGAAGUGACUAGACAUCAAGAUCCCAUUGACAGUCCCAAUGUGUCAAGUACUGAUACUGAUAGUGAAGAUGGAGAUAAUGAUGAGCAAGAUGCUUUAAGCCAACAACUGCAAGAAAUACUUUACUGGACUCAACCCCUUCCACCUCAGCUAUCUCCACUGCCAUAUUCAUCUUCUUCUGGAAAGCAAAGCGUAUUUGGAAAUAUUAUGGAUUCGAGUGAUGAUGAUGGUGGUAGUAAUCUUCCUAGAAGAAGCUGCAGUGAAAGUGUUUCAGAGACUGAUCAGCCAGAUACUUCUACGUGCACAGAGACCACAACAACAGAUCAAUCUUCCUUGACAGAAGCAGGCAUUUCUGAAAAUACACUUGAAACUGAGAAAAUGGAUUGCACUAGAACAGAAACUACAAAUAUGAAUGUGCAGUGUUUGGCUGAAACCAAAACAGGGGAUGAAGUAUCAUACCCUUGUUUGAUUGCUGAGGAUGUUGAGUGUAAGAAUGAGAACAACAUCAAAGCACUCUCAUUACUUGAGGAAACAAGAAAGGACUCUGAUAUGAUCACGACCCCAGAAAUGCAGAGUGUUGAUAUUAUUGCACCCAAUGGUUUUCAUGAAGAGGAUUUGAUGGCUACCCAGCAAGAUCAUUCUGAGGGUGUGCAGGGGAAUGAUACUUCCAAAGACGCUGCAGUUUCCGUUGUAUCUAACCUUAAAAUAGUGGAACCCCAACUUGAAAGAUCAAAGCCAAACAGCAAAAAUGAAGACCGAAUAGACACGGGUAUUAAGCAAGGGGACAUGGAAAGUCUUGUUUUACAAGAAACCAGUUCUUGUGGACAACUAGAUAUGACUUCAGAAGAAAUGGAGGUGGAAGAAAUCCAUUAUAAAAUUUCUACAUGUGACAGUCAAAAAAAUGAAUGUACAGUAGCUUCUGAGUUGGUGUCUGAUAGGGAGCACCCAAAAUCGGUUGAUGUGGCAAAGGGACAUACAAACGUUAGCACAGGAGAAGAAACAAUGUCAUUUUCACAGCUUAACAGUACUGUGGUAAAUGGUGCUGCUCAGGACCAAUGUAUUCCUAAGGAGGAUAUGGAGAUGGAAGAAGUUAAUUGCAAUAGUUUUACAUCUGACAAGCAGCAUGCCGAAUGUACUCAGAUUUCGCUGCAACCAACUGAUGUGGAGCUUCCUCAAGCAGAAUCACCGCUAAAGGAGCAAGAUCCUAAGAUGAUGGAAACACCACCACACGCUGAGAGUUACUGUGCUGUGAAAAAUGGUACUUUUCAAGGCAGUUUCAAAACAUUCACCUCUACAGAGUUAGUGAUGGAGGAGAAUAAUUCCGCUGAUUCAGUAUCCCGUAAUGAAAAACAGAAAUUGCCACUGAAUUCAGUGCUGGAGUCGGAUGUUGAGCGGACUUGUAAUGAAUUUGGAGUAGAAGAGCAAAGCAAGCUUGAGAAAAUGCAGGAGAGAGCACCACCAGGAGAUUUGGACUGUCCUGCAGAAACUGAACUAUCUCAGGGCAAGUCAAAGAAAAAUGCUUCUGUAGAGAAUAAAGAAAUAGAGAAGAUUGAUUCUAGUAGCUUAAUAUCUGAUAAUCAAGAAACUAAAUCAGUAGUGGCUUCUGCCCUGCUCAAUGCAACUGAAGACUUUGUGGCAAAGGGACAAAAUGAGCUUGACAGAAUACAAGGAACUACUGUACUUGUUGCAGCUGAGAGUUCUAUCAUUGCUGAGGGUGGAUCCAAAGACUCUGUUUGUGAAGGAGGUGUAUUAGGUUCCACUUCUGAUAAUGGACUUGCAGUAUCUUCAGAACAAAAGUUUAUUCAACAGAAUCAAUCAGACUUAACAACAAAGGGAAAAGACAGACUCAACGGAUCAGCGGAGAUUGUUUCUCUGGAGUUUAAUGGUCCUGUGGCAACUGAUAUCACCCAAAACAGUUCAAAACACAAUGUUCAUAUUGGGGACAUGGAAAUAGACAUGAAUGCUCCUAGAUCUGAUGGACCAAAAGAUGAAUGCCUAUCUGCUUUGGUGCCAUUCAGUUCUCAGCUAACCCAAGUAAAGUCUGCAAUAAUGGGUCAAGAUUUUCUUGACAAAGCACAGAAAACUUCUCCAUUUGUUGAGUCUAAUAGUUCAGUGUCACAGGUGGUUAUGUUGGACAAGAGAAAUGACUACAGUUCCACUGACGAGAUAGAGGAAGUUACAUCCAACAGAUCUACACCACCUCAUUGCUUGUUGAGUUCGAUUCAGUCCUCCACUGAAGAAUCACAAACAGACUCUGUAAUAAAAGAAGAGGAUGUUAUUACCAAAACAGAAGAAACCUCUUUACUUCUUACUGAAGAAGUGCCUGAUAAAUCUGACAAUAAGGACAUCCUUUGCACACAGUCCAAAUCCGUUGAGGUUACUGAAUGUGAAAGUCCAGUUGAUAAAUGGAAAGAAGAUCAGUUAAUGGAAAAUAAGGAAAUGGAGGGAAGUGAAAUAGAAGAGAGAAACAAUCAUACUGUAAAGCCAUCAGGGGAUUAUUUAUCUUCUGAUCAGGUUUCCCCACAUUUUGAUGCUGUCUCAGAUGAAUCCUCAAGACCAAAUAUGUCACAGAAUAUUGCACGGCAACAUUUUACGCAUGUUGGGCAGAACAGAACAGCUGAUAUUCCAAAUAAUACAGCUUUAGAAUCUGAGGAACAUUCAAACACAGAAAAAAAUAAGGAUGAACCUUUGGAAAAACCACUACCUGAUAAUGGGAUCCAACAGCCAGUUCAGAAAUCUUGUUCUCCUUCAACUCAAAUUUGUAAGGUGAAUAAAGACCCUCAGACCCAUGAGGCAGGAGUCCCAGUGCUGAUUAGGAAAAUAAAGAAAGGAAAGCAAUGGCACAGAAAGAGUCCAAGACCCACUAAAGAAACGCAGAAAGCUAUUCAUCGUAAGUUGGAUGAUAUGGAUGUGACAACGGAAACUGCCACACCAGAAAGCCAAAAGAUGGAGUUUGAAGUUCAGGCUCAGAAUUGCAAAACCGAAUUUGGGCAGCACUGCCUCUCUGUUAAUAACCAUGUUACUAUUCAUUCUGUUGACUUCCCCUUUGAUUCUGAAAGCGUAUCAGCUACUAACGAAACUGUUUGCAAUAAUGAAAGCAUAACAAAUGUUGUGGAAGAGUCAACAGCUGUCCAUCCUGACUGCAAUGAAAGUAAAACUGAACAGCUCACUUUGGAUAAACAGCUUAAACAAGACCCCUGUCAAACUCCAAUGCUUAAUGUGCACAGCAAUACAAACAUAAAUUAUGAAGCUGCAGGAAAUUGUGAUAAUACUAUGUCUGUAGAAUGUGAAACUUCAGAUUUGGGUAACUCUGCACAAAAAGUUUGUGACAAUAAGACUUGUUCAGAGUCAAGCCCUAAAAAUGACUUGUUAGGCUGUACGCAAAUAGAAAAUAAACAUUUGGCGGGAAAUGAUUGUAAUCAAAGUGAUCCAGUAGGUCUGGAGAAAUCAGAUAGCUUCUCUGAAAUCUGUUCCUAUCAGGAUACUAACUUUUGUACAAAAGAGCACUUUGGCAUCCAAAUGAACAGUAGUCGAAUUGGAAUUUCAGAGCAGAUGCCCGAUUGCAAGGCAAGUAUGAAAACAGUCAAUAGUUAUACAAACACAACCUUGGAAGAAGCCUCCAUUUACAUGCCUCCAGUACAAAAAGUAGAUAAUUCAACACAAACAGAGUUAAUAUGUAAUGGUUCACAAGUUGUGCUUUUUGCUAGGAAUAAUUGGCCAGCUACUUCGAAAACGCUUUCUCAGAUGGGCAUUAUCAGAGAGGAUAAAGAUAAAAUCCCAAAGGUAAAGAGUGUUUCUUCCCUUCCUGAUGCUGCUUCAGACUAUCACAGGCCUGUUAGAUCAGCGUCAAUCCACGGGAAAGAGGUAUUACUUGAAAGUACAAUUGAUGGUUCGGUGAAUUCGAAGUCAUUUGGAACUGACCAAACCUGCAAGUCUGCAAGUAGCAGGAAAGUACAUUUGAAUAGAAUGUUGCCAAAUACAUUGAUUAAUGGAGAUGUACAACAAGAGGGCAGUUUACAAAAGUCAAAAAUACAGUCUACCUACAAAAGGCGUGUAGCUUUAAGGAGGAGGAACAAAGGUUCGAAUCCCAACGAUCUACCUGUGAUUGUGAAUACUGAUGCUUCCACUGCGGUAUUGUGCAUGCAAGAAAUCCAUCAAGUGAUGUUAGAAAUGGGGCAACCUCUGCCACCUUUGCUGCCACCACUUGUAGCCACUCCUCCAAGAACCAUAAGAUCUACAAGAGCACAAUCCUCCCCUGUUAGAACAUCCUGUGUGGCUUCUCUGUGUUCCCCUGUGGAUGACUUGGCUUCUCCUUCAAAAGAGACCUCAAAGGCGGCUUCGGUUUCACCUCUGUUGGAUCAUUUGCAGCAAAAGUCUCCUCAAAUGCAUUCCCCAUCCCCUUUAGAAUUUGCAAGAAAUGAAAGAAUCCAGUCUUCUCCAUUACAGUUUUGCACUACAACCCCAAAGCAUGCUGUUCCUGUGCCUGGGAGACUACCUCCAUCUACGUCAGCAUCAGCAGGUUCAGCUUUACCUCAGGAGAAUUCUGUAAAAAUUCUGGAUGCUAUGUAUCCCAAUCUCUCUGCCCGAGCACGAACUUUAAAUAUUCUCCGUGGUAAUGUUCAGCUCAGCAUGCGUGGCCCUGCAGAAGGUGAGAACCAAGCUGGGCCAGUGAACCAAAUCAUGGGGUUCAAAGCAAUCAAUUCAUCUCCAACUGCAUUUGUAAAAGCAGGAAGCAAUUCCAGAUCUGAAGGGUCUGCGAAAGAUUUGGAGCAGCAGAAGCCAGUUGAUAAUGGCACAUCGAACGCCAUGGAUACAUCCACACAAGACCAAAAGGCUGCCAAAAGAUGUGCAGGAGAUGAUGCAGAAAGCAGGGCUAAAAAAAUGAAAACUGAAAAUAAUUGUCAGCAUGACAGUAAUACUGCUGAUUUAAUCACCUCAAAAGAGUCCCCUGCUGUGGAUGUUGUUGACCAAACCAAACCACUUCUUAGUGAUGUUGUAGAGCCAAAACCAACAAAUAAAACUGAACUUCUCUCCCAGCCUCAUGAACCUGUUAAUACAAAUGAAGAGGCUGUAGCCAGUGCCUUAAAGAAAAUUACUGAAUCCUGCUUUGACUUGCUCCCUGUUAUUCGCAGCCAUGUGUUUGUUGGGAACAUUCCUCAGAUCCCAGUACUCCGUGAUGAAGAGAAAGAAUUGAUUUGUGAAUUAAGUGGCAAUAAGGAUUUAACAGAAGCUUUGCUCUUAGCUAUCAUUAAGAAGCUGAAGGUUGAGCAAACUACCCUGGAUGGUAACUGUCUUCAAGCACUUUCUCGAGUUUAUGUUGCAAUCUGCCGACACCAGGGAGACCUUGAACGAGCUCGUCUUCUUUCCUACAGUAUCUUAAAGGAAGACUUUCCAGACUCAAGCAAACUGCUGUUGCUCAUCUUGAGUGUUUGGCAAAACAUAUUUUCUAUGCAAGGACCAGUUAAUAAAGCUAUGCAAGCUGUUGCCAAGCAACGUGCCAAAGGAGACAUUCUGAAUUGUUUGAGUGUAUACCUCAACUGGGAGAAGAAUCCACCUCUGGAUAUAAGUUCUUUGGUUUCAAGUUUCCUUGUAGCAAUGCAGCAGAGUCCUAAAGUAAGAUUCCAAACAAGUAGCGAAUAUGGAAUGGAUUUCAAUGGCGAUAUGUGGGAGUUGAUAUAUGCCAUUGAUCUGCUGUGCUCCCAACAACAGUGGACAUGGACACAUGACUGCUUCAUAAGGAAGGAAGUGUGGCCUGUGAUGGAUAAAUGGAUGAAACGCAGAAAAGGACAUAGAAAUGUUCUGCACAUUCAGGAUGUCACAGUUGCAGGCGUCAUGAGACUUAUUGGGUGCCUGGGUCAGCAAGGACUGAAGAAAAGUUCUAUAAUGGCUGUACAAAGCAUUGCAACAGUAAUCAACAAGUUCCUCCAACAGGCUUUUCAAGAAGGUGUCCCAUGGCCUGUACAGUUAUCAGCAGCUUAUGCAGUUUACGACCUGGCUCCUAGCAAUCCAAAGGGAGCUCUGGAGGCCGUUCAGAAAUGGAAAGCAUCAGUCACUGAACCAAUUCCUCCUGUGGCAAACAACUGCCUAAUGGAACUGGAGACUUUGUGUGAAAAGUUAAACUUUGGAAAAAAAAAUAACCCAUAAAAAUCACAUCCAACAAGCUGUGAAAUGAAAGAUAAAAGGCAACAAUUCCCACCUUCCCUUCCCCACCAUUAUUACCUAAAAUCUUCUCUUAAUGCAGAGGUGUAAAGUAAGUGUUGAUACAGUCUGGAACUGCAGUUAUGGAAUAUGCCUGAAUAUGAACAUCCAUUUUGGUAUAAAUUUUCAGAGAUAACUAAAAGAUUUUUUUGUGUUAAAUUUGCUAUACCCUAAAAUUUUUAAAAAAGACUUUAAAAAAUUAUUUCAAUAUUUUUAAAAAGAGAUUUGUUUUACUUAUGCAAAGUACGAAAAUUUAAACUUUUGGAGAGAUUUGUGCAAACACUAGAUCAUUUUUGUUUUUAGUUACUUGUCACUGAAAAUCAAGUACUGCUCACUGAAAAGCAGGACUCCAAAGUAAACCCUAAUGAUUAUAAUCCUAUUCCUGAAAUAAAUUUGAAAAAUAAGAAAAGAUACUUUUUGAAUGCUGAAGAAGCUGUUUUAUAUUUCUACCACCAUUUUUAAUUUGGAUGCCCACUUCUUACGCUUAAUUGGAUUACUCAAGCUGUUUGUAUUCCAUGUAACAAAAUUAAUCAUCUUAUCCAUUUUAAUAGACUAAAAAAAAUAUGGUAUGUAAAGGGUUAACCUUGUUGCAUAGGAGAUUCAUUAACAGGAAGAGGUAAAAAAAAGUUCAGAGGAGCUGGAUUCAGACAUAUUAGUAGUUUAUCAGUCCAGAAGAAGAAAAAAACAACUAACCUAAAAACAGCCCCACCCCCCACCCACCAAAGCCUGAAAACUGGCCAAUAGGCAGCCAGAAUGCUACCCACUAUUAUUUAACCCCAACUCUUUUGGUGGCAAAUCUCCAAGUUGAAAAGAAUGCAAGGCACUAUCAAUAGUCUAGACAUGAAGGGAAAAAACAGCCAAAGCAACUUUUCAAAAUGUAAACAGACUUGCUAAGAAAGUUCAACAAAGUCACAAAUAUAAACAGUUGACAUUUAAGAAAUAGUCUUAUUUUAAUUUCAAAGAGAAAAAAGCAAUCAGUCACUCAGUUAAAUUCUUAAUUAUUACCUAAACAGAUCAUUAAAAAUAUUAAAGUAAAAUAAUAAAGAGAAAAAAUAUUAAAUUGAAACAUGGGUAAGUAUCCAUGUUUCAGAACCAAGCACGAAAAUAUUAACAAAGGGCAGGAAAAUAUCUCUGGGAAUAAAAAGCGUUUAAACCUGUAAGUUAAUCAUUGCUUAGUAGACCAAUUAAGUAUAAAAUCAAAGAAAAGCACAUUUCGUGACCAUCUGGAGUCAAAAAGUUAACCUUGGAGGAAAUCUUCGGCUUCUUUAACGGAACUAAACCAUCGGUGUGAUUUGUCAGGAAGUAAAAUUCUCAGGCGGGCUGGAAACAGUAAUGCAGGUUGAUAAUUCCCUUGAUAAAGCUGCAACAAUAAUUGGUUUGUAAAGCAGUCUCUCUUCCAUAACUUCUGGGGUGUAUCCUUCAACCAGAUGAAACUUCCAAUCUUUAUAUUGGAUCAUUCCUCGAUGACGAGCAAUUCAAAUCAAAUGUUCUUUAGUACUCACAUAGUGAAAUCUCAAUAUUACUGGCCAGGGUUUUUGCUCUGCCGGCGGUUUUGGUCUUAGCGCUCAAUGGGCACGAUCAAGUAUAGGGCUUAUAGAAAACACUUCAGGGCCAAACACAUCCAACAGAAGUUUAGAAAAGAAUUCAGUGGGAUUACCAGAUUCAGCAUUCUCAGAGAGGCCGAUGAUCCUCGCAUUAUUUCUCUGACUGCGGCUUUCUAAAUCAAUAAUCCUCUGUCUUUUCUGUUCCAGUCUUUGGUCACAGUUAAAUUUUUUUCCAAUAAGUCCAGCCUGCGAUCUCUUUUUGCCAGCUUGAUCCAGUUCAGCAAUUAAUUGCUGUUGUCUAGCGCGCUCCUGUGUGAGUGUGGUCUGUCUGUCUUCAAUAUCUUUUAACAGCGUUUCCAAAGUGGCAAAUCUCUGGUCAAGCUUUUUAUCCAGUUUAGAGAUAGCUUCCAAAUUGGGUUGACGGUCUCUGUUACCCUUGCUAUCAGCUCCAGCCUUAGCUCUGGUAUUAAUUCCGACACUUAAAAGUCAAAAUCAAUCUUGUAAAAGUAUUAUAGAAGUCUCAUUAAAGGGUGGUGCAUGAGGAAUUAAAAGGUAAGUGGAGCAGAGCCAAGAUACGACCUACUCCAUGUAGCGCAACCAAAAGACUGUGAUUUGGAUGCCCACUGUCUGAAGUUGUUUUAAUAAUUGUCAAUUUUCCCAAAGCUUUUUAUUGCAACAUAACACCAGUUUAAUAUGACCCCAAUGUGCAUUGUGUAUAAACAUCAGUCAGAGCAGCAAAGAUGAACAACGUAUAAAAUCAUGUUGUUCGCUUCCCAAUUUUACUCGGGUCUUUUGGGUUACAACAGAAUACUCUGCUGCUCUUUCAUUUCUACCAAUCCCAACCUCACUUUGUUAUUGAUUAUAUGCCUUUUUGAAAAAAAAAUACAAAAACACCCAUCCAAUUGGGGUUUUAUCACACUGAAGGCUGUCAUCAUGCUAUGUUGGCUCUUUACAAACAGUUAUUCAAUAAUUCCCAUUUUCAGGGUCCUUCCCCAAUGCUGAAAAGAAACAAAUGUGAUGGCUGCAAUAUACAAAGUUAACCGGCUCAGAAGUACAAUCUUAACAUAAUGGUGUAAGAUUAGCAAAUAGUUAAAUGAACAGAAAAAUUACAUUUGUUGAAUAAUAACUAAUAAAUAUGGUUUUCUUCAUUUUAAACCUUUAUUAUAAUUAAUUCCCAUUCAGGUAAUAUUUUCCUCCUCUUUCAUUCCAAUCAAAGGCUUGGAUAAAGAAGACACUGUGGUCAGCAAUAACAUUUCCCCUGCUAAAAAAGGGAAACAUAUUUGGGAAGAUAUUAUUUUGCCCUGAAAGUUAUCCAUGACACUGCAAUAAAAAGUGUGCAUAAUCAGAAUGGGCAACUGGGGAACAUAUUAAACCAUAAUAUAUAGGAGCAGAAUUAGGCCAUUCAGCCCAUCGAGUCUACUCCGCCAUUCAGUCAUUAACCCCAUUCUCCUGCCUUCUCCCCGUAACCCUUAACCCCCUUACCAAUCAAGUUCAAGGCAUAUUUAAGAGAAGCUGUUAUUUUUGACUGGACUCCUACAUUGUGCUCAGAACUGCUAUGUGAGCCGGGGCCUAAAGAAAGAAGAUGAUUGAGGAAUCUUUACUAUAAAGUGAAUUACAGUCUAUCAAAGUGUACAGAGGGGAGUAUGGUGAUGCUAUUUUACUUUAGUCAUCAUUUGAUUAAAAUCAAAAAUUGGAAUGGCACAUUCUUUAAAGUUUGUCAAAGAAGGUACUAAUAUUGAAUAUUUGAACACAGACAAUGAUGAAGCAAAUGUUUUGUAAUAGCAAAGAGUUCACUAUAUCUUAGCCUCAUUAAACUAAUCACAGCAUGUCACUUUUGUAGUCUUAAAACCUUGAUGCUGUCGAGCUCUGCCUUGAAGGAUUUCAGGAUGUGAUGGCAUAUUUCCAGGUUUUCUGUUAUUUCAAGCCUGAGUUUACUAAUUUCAAAAGUGGGAAAGUGUUGGCAUUAAUGUUUCUGGCCUGUUGUUAAUCAGUAUUGAGUAACUUCAGCUCAAAAAGUAUGCACACAUGGUCAAUGCUUGUUAUUUAGAGUUAUAAAUAGGCAAAUGUGAGAGUACUGUGAGAAAGAUAAAAGAAUAUUUCAUUUUCAGCUACUGCCUUUGAAGGAAAAGAACAUUUUCAGGGGGGAAAGGUGGGUGAAGAACAGUGGGGAAGGAAGGAAGGGAAGCAAGUAUUGAAUUAGCCUUUGUGAGCUGCUCUCAAAACUUAGUACAGCCAUGGUUUUCAUGCUGUUAUUCUUUAACAAAAUUCUUUACUACCUUCCAUCUAUCUCCAGCUGUGUAGUCAGUUAAUUAGUAGUUAUUUUGUAAAUUGAUCGACCUCUCCAUUUUGGAUUUUGUAGAAAAUUGCAGGUUGGAAAUAGGGAGAUGCCCACAUUCAUCUGCUGCAGGAUGUGGUGAGGAUAUUGUGAGCAGGCCCAAUGGGAGAGAGUUAAAUAAGUUCUUCUCAUACUACACCUUAAAUUGUUUGCCAGUACGCCACCAUUCCAAGUGCUCUUUCUAUUUACACUGCACUUACAAAUUCCAUGCACUUGGAUGUAUUGUACAAUAAUAAAAAUCUGGAACUUGGAUUGAAAAGAAUAUUUAACAGGAUAUAUCUGACCACAGAAUUCCAAAUACAAAGUAACUAUUUUUGGGUUUUUCCAUUUCAAUUCAGACCACAGUCUAAAACUAUGAGUUUGUGCAUCUGUGCCAUGGUGAUUCAGUGAGAUUUGUUUUUAAGCAGUUGGAUGAUGUCCAGAUUGAUACAAAAAUAGCAAUGUAAAUGAUGUGUUGGGUAUUGCAUUGUGUUGAGUUUCCCUAAGUCUCUGGAUUGGCAGAACUUUAGAUUAAUAUGUCUUUUGCUUAUAGCUAUGUAUAUAUGAUUAUUCAUAGUGAAAAACGAUGUUUUUUCUGUGAAUGCAUGUAAUUAGAUGAAACUUUGUUUCUGAAUAUUUUUGUUCCAUUUAGGAAUGUUUUAUGUAUAAAGUCACAGGUGCAAUGUAGGUUUUGGGUUCUGUAUAAAGAUUACUAAGUAAAUAUGUAUAACACUUGCAAGAAUUUUUUUAAACUUUUAUACAAACUCUGGAAUUUUCAUGUGCAAC